GCCGGCGUGGUGGAAGGACACAGUGAGGUUCUCACCCCCGCCCUCCGCCCCGCGCUCCCAUCCCAAGUUCCAUCAAAGCGAACCCGGGCCAGCGCAAGGAUCUUCGAGUUGCGAGUGUGCUGAGGCUGGGACUGUCACUCAUUCUCCCCUCAGCGCGUGAACGCAGCACGGCAGCCGCUGGCAGGAAACAAUUCUGCAAAAAUAAUCAUACUCAGCCUGGCAAUUGUCUGCCUCUAGGUCUGUUGCUCUACCGCCGUCCACACUCGCUGCAAGGAGCCGGGGCACAGAAUUUACCGCGGCAAGAACACCCUUCCCGGCCAGCAGAUUACAAUGCUGCAAACUACGGAUCUCAUCUGGACUUUGUUUUUCCUGGGAACUGCAGUUUCUCUGCAGGUGGAUAUUGUUCCCAGCCAGGGGGAAAUCAGCGUUGGAGAAUCCAAAUUCUUCUUAUGCCAAGUGGCAGGGGAUGCCAAAGAUAAAGACAUCUCCUGGUUCUCCCCCAAUGGAGAAAAGCUCACUCCGAACCAGCAGCGGAUCUCAGUGGUAUGGAAUGACGACUCUUCUUCCACCCUCACCAUCUACAAUGCUGACAUUGACGAUGCCGGCAUUUACAAGUGUGUGGUCACUGGCGAGGAUGGCAGUGAGUCAGAGGCCACAGUCAACGUGAAGAUCUUCCAAAAGCUCAUGUUCAAGAAUGCACCAACUCCCCAGGAGUUCAGAGAGGGGGAAGACGCAGUGAUCGUGUGUGAUGUGGUCAGCUCUCUACCCCCAACCAUCAUCUGGAAACACAAAGGUCGAGAUGUCAUCCUGAAAAAAGAUGUCCGAUUCAUAGUCCUGUCCAACAACUACCUGCAGAUUCGGAACAUCAAGAAAACAGAUGAGGGUACUUACCGAUGUGAGGGCAGAAUCCUGGCACGGGGGGAGAUCAACUUCAAGGACAUUCAGGUCAUUGUGAAUGUACCGCCCACCGUCCAGGCCAGACAAAGCAUCGUGAAUGCCACCGCCAACCUCGGCCAGUCCGUCACCCUGGUGUGUGAUGCUGAAGGCUUCCCGGAGCCCACCAUGAGCUGGACAAAGGACGGGGAUCUGAUAGAGAAUGAGGAAGACGAGAAGUAUGUCUUUAGUGAUGACAGUUCGGAGCUGACCAUCAGGAAGGUGGAUAAGAACGACGAGGCUGAGUAUGUCUGCAUCGCUGAGAACAAGGCUGGAGAGCAGGAUGCGUCCAUCCACCUCAAAGUUUUUGCAAAACCCAAAAUCACUUAUGUAGAGAACCAGACCGCCAUGGAACUAGAGGAGCAGGUCACUCUUACCUGUGAAGCCUCGGGGGACCCCAUUCCCUCUAUCACCUGGAGAACUUCCACCCGAAACAUCAGCAGCGAAGAAAAGGCUUCGUGGACUCGACCAGAGAAGCAAGAGACUCUGGAUGGGCACAUGGUGGUGCGCAGCCACGCCCGCGUGUCCUCCCUGACCCUGAAGAGCAUCCAGUACACAGAUGCUGGAGAGUACAUCUGCACCGCCAGCAACACUAUCGGCCAGGACUCCCAGUCCAUGUACCUUGAAGUACAAUAUGCCCCCAAGCUGCAGGGCCCCGUGGCUGUGUACACCUGGGAGGGGAACCAGGUGAACAUCACCUGCGAGGUGUUUGCCUACCCCAGUGCCACAAUCUCAUGGUUCCGAGAUGGUCAGCUGCUGCCAAGCUCCAACUACAGCAACAUCAAGAUCUACAACAGCCCCUCUGCCAGCUACCUGGAGGUGACCCCGGACUCUGAAAAUGAUUUUGGAAACUACAACUGCACCGCCGUGAACCGCAUUGGACAGGAGUCUCUGGAAUUCAUCCUUGUCCAAGCAGACACCCCAUCCUCACCAUCCAUCGACCAGGUGGAGCCAUACUCGAGCACAGCACAGGUGCAGUUUGAUGAGCCAGAGGCCACAGGUGGGGUGCCCAUCCUCAAAUACAAGGCUGAGUGGAAAGCAGUGGGCGAGGAAAUGUGGCACUUCAAGUGGUACGAUGCCAAGGAAGCCAGCAUGGAGGGCAUCGUCACCAUCAUGGGCCUGAAGCCUGAAACGACGUACACAGUGCGACUGGCAGCCCUCAACGGCAAGGGUCUGGGCGAGAUCAGCGCAGCCUCCGAGUUCAAGACGCAGCCAGUCCAUACCCCUGUUCCACCGGCUCCUGCUAGCUCUUCCACUCCUGUCCCAUUGUCUCACCCAGAUACAACCUGGCCUCCUCCUGCCCUUACAACCACAGAAUCAUCUAAAGGGGAACCCAGCGCUCCUAAGCUCGAAGGGCAGAUGGGAGAGGAUGGCAACUCCAUCAAGGUGAACCUGAUCAAGCAGGACGACGGAGGCUCCCCCAUCAGACACUACCUGGUCAAGUACCGCACGAAACUCUCUUCUGAGUGGAAACCAGAGAUCAGGCUCCCGUCUGGCAGUGACCACAUCAUGCUCAAGUCCCUGGACUGGAAUGCUGAGUAUGAGGUCUACGUGGUGGCUGAGAACCAGCAGGGGAAGUCCAAGGCGGCUCGUUUUGUGUUCAGGACCUCGGCGCAGCCCACAGCCAUCCCAGCCAAUGGCAGCCCCACCGCAGGCCUGAGCACCGGGGCCAUCGUGGGCAUCCUCAUUGUCACCUUUGUCCUGCUCCUGGUGGUUGUCGACAUCACCUGCUACUUCCUGAACAAGUGUGGCCUUCUCAUGUGCAUCGCCGUCAACCUGUGUGGAAAGGCGGGGCCAGGCGCCAAGGGCAAGGACAUGGAAGAGGGCAAAGCCGCCUUCUCGAAAGAUGAGUCCAAGGAGCCCAUCGUGGAGGUGCGCACUGAGGAGGAGCGGACCCCAAAUCACGACGGAGGGAAGCACACAGAGCCCAACGAGACCACGCCGCUGACAGAGCCCGAGCUGCCUGCUGACACCACAGCCACUGUCGAGGACAUGCUGCCUUCUGUCACCACCGUCACCGCUAACUCUGACACUAUCACCGACACCUUUGCCACUGCUCAGAACAGCCCCACCAGUGAAACCACCACCCUGACCUCCAGUAUUGCCCCCCCAGCCACGGCCACGCCCGACUCAAACUCUGUGCCCGCCAACCAAGCCACCCCUUCCAAGGGGCCCGGAGUGGCCACCUCCUCCCCACCCCCAGCUUCAGCCCCCAAGGUGGCCCCCCUCGUUGACCUGAGCGACACCCCGACCUCAGUCCCUGCCACCAGCAAUUUGUCUUCUAGUGUCCUGGCUAACCAGGGAGCUGUGCUCAGCCCCAGCACCCCUGCCAGUGUCGGGGAGGCCUCCAAGGCCCCCCCAGUGAGCAAACCAGCCCCUGCUCCAGCCCCCACCUCAGCCGGGGCAGCCAGUCCCCUAGCAGCAGCAGCUGCUCCUGCCAUAGAAACCCCCCAGGUCAAGCAGGAGGCUCCCAGCAUCAAAGGCCCGGACCCUGAGCCCACCCAGCCCGGUGCUGUGAAGAGCCCAAGCGAGGCAGCCACGACCCUCACUAGCCCGAAGAGCGAGGCUGCCUCUGUCAACGCCACACACCCUGCCCAGGGCGAGGACUUUAAAAUGGACGAAGGGAACUUCAAGACCCCAGAUAUUGACCUUGCAAAGGAUGUUUUUGCAGCCCUGGGCUCUCCUGCUCCCGCCGCUGGGGCCAGUGGACAAGCCCCUGAGCUUGCUCCUUCCACUGCAGACAGCUCUGUCUCGCCUGCACCAGCAAAGACCGAGAAGGGCCCUGUAGAAGCAAAGUCGGAGUGCCAGGAGACAGAAACGAAGCCAGCACCAGCCGAAGCGAAGACGGUCCCCAACGAUGCCACACAGACAAAGGAGAACGAGAGCAAAGCAUGAUGGGUGACGAUAGCCAAGCAAAGAUCAAAAUUAAAAGUGACACCACAGCUUCACCAGAGCAUUUCCAAUAUCACACACACACACACACACACACACACACACACACACAUCUCACCCCUCUAGUGUCUUUUGCCUUUAAAACAAAACUAAACAUAAACAUGGGAUCGCCUUUUUGUAGGUUUAUAGAAAGGGUUCCUUUGUUACGCACUCACUUGUAAGAAAAUGAGACAAAAAGGUUAACCCCACAGCCAAACUAGGACACUCCGUUCCCUGAAACCAUUUAAAAAUCAAACAAAAGGACCCCAAAUUAAGAAUCUAGGAAGCUCAGAAAAAAAAAUCUAGGUUCAGAAAGACCGCACUUGGCAUUGCCCAAUUGGCACAGAGCAGUCUCAGAGAGAAACACUUCCAGGCACUAUAACUAACCGAUGAACAAAGUCCAAGUUUAUUUUUAUACUCUCAGUCGAGUUUGAAUUCUGUAACAACCUCAUAAGUAAGUUAUCAUUUCUGUUCACUUUGUAUUUGUUCAGUAUGCAAAGUGUGUCACCCCUUCUAGCUGACUUCAGUUCCCACGUAGACUCUGGUUCCGUAGGAAGAAUGCCAAAUUGCAGCUUCUGGGGCUAGAUCUCAAUUUGCAGUAUUCAGACUUCUUUUUUUCUUUUCUUUUCUUUCUUUUCAUUCUUUUAUUUUCCUUUCUGCCAACUUUGCUUUCCAGUGUUUACAAGUUGAUAAAUGUUUAACUUCAAUGGCAUUUCAAUGUCCAUGUAAAGUAGCUGCCUUUUUUUUUUUUUUAAGUUCCAAAUACCACCUGGCUGGGAGGAUCACUGCAGGCCUGCUUUAGCACAGAAACGUCACCCCCAUGACUGUUUACAGGGAUAAUCCCCUAUUGAGUUGAAGUUUUCGCCUGCAUCCAACUCAGGUGAAAAUCCAUCUCGUUCCGGACUGGUUUUGCUUUUUGGUUCUCGGUUCCUUUUGUGUUUCCCUGCGAGUAGACCGCUUUCUAGCAGCAGUCGCCUGGCCUGCGGUGUCUGGGAGAAGGGCUCCGCUCCCAGCGUCCAGCCCUUCCUCUUGAAAGGUUCCUUAGGCUUUGUUGACUGAGCAGAGAAGACUGUAUAGCUGUGGCUGGUCUUGGUGAACACACAUUUUGACCCCAAACAUCCCCCUUUUGUAGAAAGCCAAAUAAAAUAUAUACAUACAAUUCCUUUUGAGCCCAGAAUCUAGAUUUGAGCGAAAGAACACGUGUGCUUCAGGGAAUGAGUGUCUUUUUUUGGAAAUCUGUUGAAGUAAAGGAACAUCGGCCUUCUGUUCACUUAGGCAGCAUUUGUAGAAACAAAAGAAAAAAACAAACAACAAAAAAAACCCCAACCUGCUGUCUGGAGUCAUAACACAACUUUCCUGGAUUGGAAACAAAGUGGGGGAGAAAUACAGAAACUUUACGGGGACGGGAGGGGGGAGAAGGGAAAAGCCAGCCCUUUGUAUAGACAUUUUGCUUUUUUUCUCAUUCUACUUUAGAACUGCAAGCUUGUGCACUGUGGACGCGUGAAUAUUUUAGUGUGAAACGUGUUUUGUCAUAGUAUUGAAAUAAAACUUCAACAUAGUUUGGUUGUGGAAGGUAUAGCAGAUAGUUCAGAAAAAAAAAUAUUCAGGAAAGAAAAUUUACUCUUAAAAGGAAUUGAAGCCUUUAAACAAAGAAAAUGAAUAAAAAUGAUUUUGAUGAUGAUGAUGAUGCUAAGUAAACAGAAGUCAGGUCUCAGCACGCGCUGCUUUCCGAAGGUACAACAGCAAGAGGUGAGGGUGGCGAGACCACCGAGUCGUGCUGUGGGCCGCACCCAGGUCCUGACACUUCUGCAGCCUGAUCAGUGGCAAUGUGCUAGAUUAUCAUUUCAAACUGUGAAAAAUAAUGGUCUUGUCAUUUGCUCAAUGUGGGGUUAUUUUGCAUUCUCUCAUCUCCUGGGGAUGGAAAUGGAGGAUCCCAGUCUACAGCCCUCGGCCCCUUUGAUUCUAGGGCCGCACAAAUUCUGGUUCCGAGGCACAGGCCUGCAGGCACAAACACCUGGAAGACAGUUCUUAGAGCACACAGCAGAACGGGAGCUCCUGCGUGUCAGGCGGAGGGUCCGCAAGGACUGGUGGCUCUUCUGUCAGCAGGUUGUCAGUGGGGUCAGUUCUGCAUCUUGUGGUGUUAGUGGCUUUGAUCAAGGCCAAGCCCACGUUAUACCCCAAGGAGACUGCGUUUCAUUCUAAGCUGGUGUGGUUAGGCAAACUGAUUUUUGUUCCAAUGAUUAGGAAGAAAAAGAGGUAGAGUCAACCCUCAGAUAACCUGGCCCAGGGCCGCGGGCAGUCACCCUCCGCCAAGCGUCCACCACUAGCUGGAACCCAACCCUCUGCCCACCUUUUGGUCAGCUUCUCUCCCAAUAUACAUAGAUUUGUAUCUGCAUGCGUGAGCUUUCCUUUCCUUAAAAAUAUAAAACAGAGCGAUGCUUUCUCUAAAAUCAAAGAGGGAGUCACUUUAUUUUCAAGAUGUUCUAUCUUUUAUGUUAAGAGAUAAAAGCUUAUAGUUUUUCUUUUUUAAUUUUUUGAAGGGGGAUCAAUUCUGCCCGUUUCCAAUGUCUAUGUGUCUAUAUGUGUAUGUGCCAUACAUAUGUAUUCACAUGAAUGCCGGCAUGGCCGAGUCCUGCUGGGGCACACGGGUGGACGCCCGGGCCUCCGCUCCCUGGGGCCACAGUGUACGCAGUGCAGCUCUGGCAGUGGAACUCUAUUUUCACACUUUUGUAUGGAGCCUUCAAGCCCCAGGUUUUCACUCUAGGCUGUCUGUCUGGAUGGCGGUUUUCAGACCUCCAUUAACAUCCCUACCCAGCAUUCCCAACUUCGGGGGCCUUCUCUCUUGUUAUAAACUUUUUACCAAGUGAAACAUCGAGACCACCUUUGUUUCCAUUCUCACUGGUGUAAAUACUGAGUACUAACUGAGAAUUUUGACUUUGCAUUCUGUCAGAAUACUUGUGUUCAAUAAAAACUGAAAGAAAAAAAACAACA